GAAGCCAAGGCAGAGUGGUUCUGUUCUUCUUUGUUGUGAUCUUCUGUGCGCUUUCAACUGUUGAACGUCUGUCACCCUUACAGCCCCAGAUUACAAACAUGAAGACAACUUUCCCUGCAAUUUGCAGGUCUUGAUCUGCUGUAAAAAAAAAGAUGUACAUUGAAGAUUACUGAAAAUAAUGGAGGAGUUUCUGAGCACGCUCCGGGAUCAUGAUGCCAGCUCUGUCCUGUCAUCCUGUGAGCCUGAGCUACAGGAGCUGAUGCGGCAGAUUGACAUCAUGGUGGGGCAUAAGCGGCAUGAAUGGGAAGCUGAGGUUCGAGCUAUGGAGCUCAGUCUGCACAAUACACAAGAGGAACUACAGUCAGCCAAGGCUUUACUUGAUAAGAGGAACUCAGAGCAGAUGUUCAGAGUAAGAGAAGUGAUGAUGUCCUUGCUGGAGCUCCAGGAAGGUGGUUUCCGAAUGUUGAAGUUGGUAGUGGAGAAGGGAUUGCAGCAGAUUCGAGUGCUGGGAAAACAGCUAGAGGAGUUGCACGCUGGAAAACAAGAGCUGGUUGUGAAGUAUGAAGAACAGCUGCUGCAUGUAAAAGAAGAACUGUCUAAAUUGAAGCGCAGCUAUGAAAAGCUACAGCGUAAGCAUCUGAAGGAGUCACGUGAUGGAGCUCUGAGCAGAGAAGAGGACAGGACGGAGCUGUCCCGUCUCAACAGCAAGAUUGAGGAGUUUCGGCAGCGUUCUGCAGAGUGGGAACAGCAGAGAUUACAGUAUCAGAGACAAGUGUCCUUAUUGGAGGAACAGAGGAAGACCCUGGCUGAACAAUUUUCCCUCAUCCAGUCUCAGGGUGUAGGUCGGCCGCAGGAGCAGGGCCAGGGGGAACUGCAGCGGCUACGUUCUCAACUUCAGAGGGCUCAGGACAGUCUGCAUGCACAAGAACUGGAGCUGGAGAGACUUCGGCUGCUCCAGGAUGAGCUGGGAGACUCCAUCAAGGAACAGCAGGUCAGCUGCCACGCUGCAGCUCACAGACGGGGACAGGUUCUGAGUGAAGAGCGAGAGGAGCUGAAAGCCACACUGGAUGCUCAGGAUCAGUUUGUACGCAGCACGGGAGUCCAGCAGCAGCAGUUACGGCGAGAAGUGAACCGACUCAACCAAACCCUGCAAGCCAAAGAGCAAGUCAUUAGGUCUCUAGAGGAAUGUCUGUCAUCACCUGGUUCUGCUCCAAACUUGGCUUCCCUUAGACAAGAUCUGGAGAAAGUCACAGCAAGGCUGAACAGUUCCCAGACCUGUGAGAGCCACCUGAAGGCUGAAGUCAUGAGACUUCGUGACAAGUUGGAGAGCAUGCGGAAGUAUAAAGCAGAGAUGAGCAGGCGAGAACAUGAGUGGAAACAGAUGGAGGAGGAACACAGUCGCUGUACAGCUGAAAACAAACGUUUGCGUGAUGAGCUUGAGAGGGCCGAACAGACCCGCUGUGGUGAGCAGGAGGGAAUGAGAAAGGAAGUUUUUCAGUUAACUAGUGAACUUCAUCAGCGUGACAUCACCAUUGCCACACUCACUGGCUCCACCUCCAGCAUUGAGAGACAGUUACGAGCAGAAGUGGAGAGAGCAGAGCGAAGGGCAUCAGAACUUAAGGUGACACAGGUCCAGCUAGAAACCUUAAAGCUUGAGAAUCAGCAUCUGAAUGAUCUUCUGGAGAGAGUCGAGUCACAGUCACCUAAGAGAGGUGAUGGAGAGCUGGCGAGUCUCAGAGACAGCUAUGUGUCCUCUCUAAAAAGUCUGGAAGAGGAGAACAGGCAGCUAAGACUAGAAAUGACUGAGCUACGAGCUCGCAUGGAGGCCAGCAAUCAGACCUGGCAGGACAAAUAUGAGAGAGCAUUGCUGCAAAAUCAGAACAAGAACCACUUGUAUAAUGAGCAAAACAGAGCUGAUGAGGAUGUGCAGCGCAGACACCAGGAGGAGCUGCAGGCCAUGGAGACUCAGAUGCAGGAAAGAGCCUCGCACUAUGAGGAGCAAAUCCAGACACUCCUCACACAGCUGGAGAACUUGUCGCGAACUUCUCCUUAUCGCCCAGAUGGCCAAUCACAAGAGAGCAAGACAUCUGUGUCUCCAGCCCGCUCUUCUGCAUCAUCUGCCUCAUCUUCAUCUUCAACCCGUAAAGCCCAGAGAGUGGCAACUCUUCUCAGUGCAGUGGCCAACGGAGAGGAGGCUCAAGCUUCCAGCUCGGUAGACACCUUUAUGCCUUUGGAUUCCACUGGAUCUCCAAAUACCUCAGUGACCACACGCUUUCUGGAAGAGGAAACUCUUCGUUCUCAAGAGCUGCUUCAGAGGCUGGACGCCCACAUUCAGAGCAUGAAGCUGGAAAACUCCAACACCGUUUGCAAAUACCUGGGCAAGACUGGCAACCCUCAAAACGGGGACUCAUAGUUUCUGCAAGAUGAUUGAUUGAAGACCCUUUACGCCAGCACAGCUCUUAAGACACCAAAAGCAGUGCCAAACAACUGUACCUUCAUGUUUAUUGCACUAGUAAAGGUAUGACCGCACACACACACACACACUCUGUUUCCUUUUACCAGAGGCCUUUCAUAUGGACUUCAUCAUAUCUUUAGCACUUUAAACAUGGUAACUCUCCUGUUUAGCUGUGCCUUUUGCAAUCAAUAUAUUUAUGAACGCUGAAUAUUUGUAAACCCACGGACAUGAUUGUGAAGCAUUUGUUUUAAGGGUUGAAUUAAAAGAUCUUGUUUUCAUAG